GUGGGACGUAACCGCGGUGUGACGCACACCCUGGCGAGCCCGUUUGUUUUAAAUCAGACCUCGCAGCUUGAUACAAAUAAAACAGACAAAGUAUAAAUGUGCUUAAUAGACAGACCAGCAAUAUGGAUGAUUCAAAGAUAAAUACUGAGAUUACUGGUGCUAAAGAAGGACUCCUAGAUGACAGCAAUUUCAUCUCCGAGGGAAAAAGUGGCAUUCCUAAACCACAAGAGAGUGAAACAUCAUUUCAGAAAAACAAUAUAUUGACUCUGCCGGAAGAGCUGUCAAGGGACAGAUCCGAAAAAGCCUUAAGUGGAGGCCAGAAGUCUCUAUUUAUACAUACUGGUGCUCCUACUGUUUCUACCGAAAACUUUAUCUUGCCUAAAGGAACUGCUGUUAAUGGACCAGUUUCACACUCCACCUUAACUAAAACUUCCAUUAUGAAUAAAGGUAAUGUUUCAUUAACCACUGGACAACCUGUGGGUCAUACAGAUUCCUGCUCAACUUUGCCAGCGGUACAUGAUCUCCAGCUGCCUGCAAAGAGUACAAUACAGAAAUCAAGUCAACACCAAGUGUUAUUUUUGUUACCUGAUGUAGCACAGGCUAAGAACCUGACUCAUUCCAUUAAAAAUCUACCUACCUCUGCUUCAGUUGGUUGUGAUAUACAGAAAUCAAUAGGAAAUAGUGUGAAAUCAGAUAGCACUUUAAUAAGCCAAGUAGAAGUGUGUGAGGAUAGCAAAAGUUUACUAGUAGACGAUGAUUGUGUCAAUACAUUAACAGGAAUUUCCUCAGGUACAGGUGGUUUCAGAUCAGGAAAUGAUACAAACUGGGAUCCACAAAAAGAGUUUAUACAGUUUCUUAUGACAAAUGAAGAAACAAUAGAGAAGUCUCCAGUUCACUGUAAAGUAGGUCUAGAGAAAAAGAGAAAAAGAAAAAUGGAUGUUAGCAAGAUAACACGUUAUACGGAGGACUGUUUUAAUGAUACAGAUUAUAUUCCCAGUAAAUCAAAAUUACUAAAUGUUGACUAUUUAGAGCAGAGUGAGGAUCUAGAAGUAGUAGAACCACAGAAAUAUGCAUUAACAAAAGUGAAGCCUGAAUCAACAGAUGAGGAGUUAGAAGCUGUUGAUGCUAUCCAACAAUUGAUUUAUAGUCCUACUAACAAAUGUGCAGAAGAUACUUCUCCAGUUCACACUAGCACUUUUCUUUCUAGUACUUUAAAAAACAAAUGUGAACAGAAUGAUUCAGAAUCACCAUCUACUUUUAGUACUGAUGAGCCAUCAUUUUAUCCUUGUACAAAGUGCAAUGUGAAUUUUAGGGAGAAGAAACACCUGCAUAGGCAUAUGAUGUAUCAUUUGGAUGGGAACAGUCACUUCCGUCAUCUCAAUGUUCCAAGGCCCUAUGCAUGUAGGGAAUGUGGACGGACAUUCCGAGAUCGUAAUUCACUUCUUAAGCACAUGAUAAUUCACCAGGAAAGAAGGCAGAAACUGAUGGAAGAAAUCCGGGAGUUAAAAGAACUUCAGGAUGAGGGUAGAAGUGCACGAUUACAGUGUCCACAAUGUGUAUUUGGUACCAAUUGUCCCAAAACAUUUGUGCAACACGCUAAAACCCAUGAAAAGGAUAAAAGAUAUUACUGUUGUGAAGAAUGCAAUUUCAUGGCUGUGACAGAAAAUGAACUGGAAUGCCAUAGAGGGAUUGCUCAUGGAGCAGUAGUGAAGUGUUCAAUUAUCAGUAGUGAUAUGUCCCAGAGAAAAACACAGAAAAAGACUUCAGUGAAAGAUCCAUAUAUAGGCUCAUCAAAAAAGUCAACCACAUAUAUGUGCAAAAUGUGUCCAUUUACUACAUCAGCCAGAAGCAUUUUAAAAAAACACAUGGAAUACUUGCAUCCAACAUCGUGCAUUGAUCCAUUUGGUAGCCAUCUUAGAUUAGAAAAAAGGAAAAGUAGCAUAAUUGAAGAACCUUUAGAUUUUGGUAGCAGAACUAAACAAUUGAUCAAACAAUCAUCUACAUUUCCAAAGAAUUCUGUUCUAAAGCAAGAUGUAAAAAGAUCGUUUGGCUCAGCUUCACAAUCCAGUAACUUUGCGAAACUUCACAAGAGACCCCGCAGGAUACAGAAGGCUCGGAAAAGCGUUUCACAGUCAGCUGUAAGUGUGUGCAAUCAAAACUCUACAAACAAGACUAUUUUGAUUAAAAAUAGCAUUGACCAAAAACCUAAAUAUUUCCAUCAAGCAGCAAAACAAAAAGCUAGUGUCAAAACAAGCAGUAAUUAUUUAUAUAGGCACAAAUAUGAAAACUACAGGAUGAUUAAAAAAUCUAGUGAUCCUUAUCCUUUACAUUUUAAAAAGGAAGAGUCCAGCUCUGUUAGUUCUUUACAUUUAUUUUCAUCAUCAAAUAAUCCCCAUAAUAAUUGUUUUAUGAUGGAUUCUCAUAAUCUUGAUUCCAAAAGCCCAGAAGGCUAUAAAGACCGUAGGCGUGUAGCUGUAAAAAGAGUGGUUAAAGAGUCUAAGAGGGAAGGCUCUGUUACAGGAGAUGAUUUGGAUUGCUAUCCAGAUUUUCUACAUAAAAUGACUGUUGUUGUUUUACAGAAACUUAACUCUGCUGAAAAAAAAGACAGCUAUGAAACGGAGGAUGAAAGUUCAUGGGAUAAUGUUGAACUAUGUGAUUACACUGCACAGUCUAUGGAGGAUGAAUCUUACAGUGAUAUUAAUCAGGAUCAUGUAAACCUAUUCCCUUUAUUCAAAGGUAAAAUGGAGGAUCAAGAAGCUGGUGAUAAAUCCUCUCUUCAUUAUGAGCAGAAUGAUGGUUUUUAUUUUGAGUAUUAUGAAGAUGCAGAGAGUAGUAACUUUCUGCAUGAAUUACAUGAUCCUCAAAAUUUAGAAAACGUAGGAACAGCAUUGCCAAAGCAUAACUCAGUUUUCCAUUGGACUGAUUUAUCACUUGAGAAGAAGUCCUGUCCAUACUGUCCAGCAACAUUUGAAACAGGAGUUGGAUUGUCUAAUCAUGUCCGUGGGCAUCUUCACAGAGCUGGAUUAAGCUAUGAAGCCCGCCAUGUUGUUUCACCGGAGCAGAUAGCGACAAGUGACAAAAUGCAGCAUUUCAAAAGAACUGGAACAGGAACCCCUGUUAAACGAGUUAGAAAAGCUAUUGAGAAAUCUGAAACUUCUUCUGAACACACAUGCCAGCUCUGUGGAGGUUGGUUUGAUACGAAAAUUGGAUUGUCUAAUCAUGUGCGAGGACACCUGAAAAGGCUUGGCAAAACCAAGUGGGAUGCACACAAGUCUCCAAUCUGCGUUCUAAAUGAGAUGAUGCAAAAUGAAGAAAAAUAUGAAAAAAUCCUAAAGGCAUUGAACAGUCGCCGUAUUAUUCCCAGACCAUUUGUCGCUCAGAAACUUGCUUCAAAUGAUGACUUUUUAUCUCAAAAUGUUAUACCUCUUGAAGCAUACCGUAAUGGCCUAAAGACUGAAGAUAUUUCAGUGUCUGCAUCCGAGGAAGAAGGUCUGAGUUUCCUAAAUGAAUGUGAUGAAACAAAAACAGUACUACGUGAUGAAAAAAAAAAUCAGUCACUUACACUGAUAGAACUUCUGAAAAAUAAAAGGUUAGGAGAAGAAAGGAAUCUUGAUAUCUCUCCUCAAAAGAUCCAUAAUCAGACUGCAAGGAAGAGGUUUGUUCAGAAAUGUGUUCUUCCAUUAAAUGAAGACAGUCCAUUGAUGUAUCAGCCGCAAAGAAUGGACUUGACUAUGCAGUCAGCCUUAGAUUGUAAGCAAAAAAAGUCAAGAUCAAGAUCUGGAAGCAAGAAAAAAAUGCUGCCAUUACCUCAUAGUGCUGAUGAAGUUUACAUACUCCGAUGCAGGUUUUGUGGUCUGGUCUUUCGAGGACCAUUGUCUGUUCAGGAAGACUGGAUAAAGCACUUGCAGAGACACAUCGUCAAUGCAAAUCUUCCACGGACUGGGGCUGGCAUGGUUGAGGUCACAUCGCUACUUAAAAAGCCUGCUUCAAUUACUGAAACUUCGUUUUCUUUACUGAUGGCAGAAGCAGCAUCAUAGAACAAGGAAACCUUUUAAAUUUGAAUUGGAUGUAAAUUUGAAAUACUUUGUCAUUUUUUAAAAAAUAUUGCUACACUAAAUUAUGUUUAUAAAUCCUAAAGCCAGAGAAGUAGGGAAAGUGAAUUACAGUAACAUCAAAACAAAUUGAGUACUUAACAGUUACAGUAAGUAGUCUUUAUAUUUUAUAUAGGGUGGCAGAUGUGUUUUUAAGGUUUACUAUGUUUUUGUCAGUUACUGUGUUCACUAUCAAUACAAGAUCAUUACAUGUAAGCAGCCAUUUUUAAAUUGUUGCACAUGGGUACUUAUAGACAGAUUUUAUUAAAAACAAACCAUGCCCUCUGCAGUGUUACCAGAAUCAAGGCUCUGUUUAUUC